GAGUGCGACGACUCCCUGGCUGGCGGCGCCUGGCUGCCGGAAGACGCAGGCCACCUCGCACUCGUGCGGGCAGAGGUUUCUCGCGAGCUGACCUUGGACAACCUCAUGGAGUGCGCUCUGGCUGACCCGGCCGCUGGAUCCGCACUCGUCGGGAAGCCGAACCUCGAGCAUCUUCGGAACGCGCUGAAUCACUUGGGCUAUGAG